AUGAUAAACAAGGGGUUUUUGCAUGAUUUUGUUUCUGAGUUUUCACCCGUCCUUGUUACUUACAAUGCGCUUAUUUAUGCCUAUUGCUCUUCGAACAGGGUUGACGAGGCUGUGCGGAUUUUGAGGGGCAUGCCUGAGAUGGGUUUGUCCCCUGAUAGUGUUAAAAUUACACGCAGUAGUUCUUUGCCAUAUUCUGUUACAUUUAGUGUGUUUUUGAAUGGACUUGAUAAGAAAGCUUGGACAAGAGAAACUAAGGAGAGAGUUCUGCAUUGGAUUUAUGAUAUGGUUUUGUCUGUCCCAACUAAUUUAGCAUAUGAUACUCUGAUAGAGAACUGCAGUAUUAAUGAAUUUAAGAGUCUGGUGGGUCUUGUCAAAGGUUUCUGCAUAAAGGGUUUAGAGAAUGCUUAUGACACAAUGCUUCAGUGGAAUUAUAAGCCAGAUGGAGCAGCGUAUAAUAUGUACACAGAGAUGGUGCAUUACGGUUUUGCUUCUCAUGUUCUCUCUGUACUUACUCUUAUUGACGCUCUAUAUAAUAAACGAAUGGGCAAUGAGCUGAGUUGGGUAAUACAAAACACAUUGAGGAGUUGUAAUCUCAAUGAUUCUGAGCUUAAAGCAAUGGCUCGAAUUGACGGCAUGAAAGGUAAAAUUGAUGCUCUUUUGAAUGUGUUAGCUGAAAAAGUCAUGGAUGGCCUGUUACUUAAUGGUGGAAAGUGUUUGAUAGGAGCGGCGCCUAAUUAUAAAGGUCUGCCGUCGCAUGAAGGGUAG